AUUGAAUUGUUUUUCUUUGAUAAUACUAAUCUUAUUUUGGUGUAUAGGAAAAUGAACGUCGUAUUGAAUAUUGUGACGGUCAUAUUUCUGGUCUUUGUUUGGCAUUCUGAAACUACGAAAAUCGGGCAAGCUCUUCAAUCGCUAUUCAGACAGAGGCCCUACGACGAUGGUGACAUGAAGUACGUCAACAACCAUUGGUGCAGGCGAGCUAAGAUCUGCCACAAAAUGGUUGGCCAUCCAGUUUGCGGAGUGGACCCGAAGCGAAGACAGAAGAGGAUGUUCAAAAAUGCUUGCAGCUUGUACAAACAUAAUUGUGGCCGUAUGCAAGAUUUCCAACCGCGCAAUUGGAUGGAAUGCAGUAGUGCAUCGAUUAAUCAAAAACCUAAUGCGAAGAAUAAACUUAAAUAACCGUGUAAUAGUUUUUUGUGUUUUUUUUUAACAUACAUAAUUAAUAAGUAGAAUGAAACAUACUUUUUGGUAAUGAAUUGUUUUAUAAUAAUAUUUUUAGCUUUAAUUACUUUGUCUAGGCAAGGGAAAUUACAGAGCACUUAUGAAGAAAAAUAUGCCUUAUACCAUUGUCUCCAAAAGAAAAUUUGCACUCCAGGGGGAGACAAAGUGUGUGGGGUGGAUCUAAAAACAAAAGUGGUCGCGGAAUUUCCAGAUAAAUGUACUUUGCAUGGAGUCAACUGCAACAAGAUGGGAUUUUACUGGAAAUUAGACACUGAUCAUUGUGCCGCGACCGUGAUCUUCGGUGCAGAGGUGUUCCACCUUGGUCAACCUCAAGGUUAUGAGACUGUCACGCCAAGUCAAACUCCUGCUAAUACCACCAAGAGUGUCUUUCCCUCCUGGAUCGCAGAACGCAUCAAGAAAAGUUUCGCAAGCCUCCUGAAUAGAACUCAUGUGACCCAGAUGAGAUAAAAAAUAA